CGGGGUGAGGGCGGCGCGGGGCGCGGCGGUCGGGGCGAGCGGGAUGGCGGCGGCGGGCGGCGGCGCGGCCCCGGAGCCGUCGUGGCCGGGCUCGGCGGCGGCGGCGGAGGGCUCGGAGGAGGCGGCGGCGGCGGCCGAGGCGGAGCUGGCGGCGGAGCUGGCGGCGCGGCGCAGCGCGGAGGCGCGGCGGCUGGUGCUGUCGCCGCGGCGACUGUCGGGCCCGCUGCCCGCCGGGCUGUCGCAGUGGUUCCCGGCGCUGGAGGUGCUGGACGUGAGCGGAACGGGGCUGGCGGAGCUGGGCGCGGAGCUGCUGGCCCUGCCGCGCCUCCACACGCUCCUGGCCAAGAACAACCGGCUGGGCGGGCCCGGCUCGCUGCCCAAAGGGCUGGGGCAGGCCCCGCUCGGCCGCUCCCUCCGCGUCCUCAACCUCAGCGGGAACCGCUUCGCCGAGGUGCCGCCCGACCUGCUGGGGCUCCGGGGGCUGCAGAGCCUCAGCCUCGGCGGCAACCGCCUGCACGGCAUCCCGCCCGACAUCCAGGAGCUCCGCAGUUUAGAGUUUCUGUACCUUGGAGGGAAUUUCAUUACUUCAAUUCCACCUGAAUUAGCAAACCUGCCUUCUCUAAGCUAUCUAGUUCUGUGUGACAACAAGAUCCAGAGCAUUCCACCUCAGCUGGCACAGCUACAUUCCCUGCGUUCCCUUAGCCUGCACAACAACCUGCUGACUUAUCUUCCCCGAGAGAUCCUUAACCUGGUUCACCUGGAAGAGCUGAGCUUGCGUGGGAACCCACUGGUGGUUCGGUUUGUCCGUGACCUGACCUACAAUCCCCCGAGCCUUCAGGAACUGGCAGGACGCACAAUUAAAACUCGCAGUGUUCCCUUCGCUCCCAGUGAUCUCCCAGAGAAUCUUGUCCGGUAUCUGAGCUUGGCCAGCAACUGCCCCAACCCUAAAUGCGGGGGUGUCUACUUUGACAGCUGCGUCAGACAAAUCAAGUUUGUUGACUUCUGUGGGAAGUACCGCAUCCCGCUGAUGCACUACUUGUGCUCCCCAGAGUGCUCCUCUCCCUGCAGCUCUGCCUCCCAGAGCUCCACUUCCCAGAGCGAGUCUGACUCCGAGGAUGAAGCCAGCGUUGCUGCGCGCAGGAUGGCGAAAGUCCUCCUGGGUUAACUGGGAACAAGAGGGGAAGACUGGAAGGAGUAUGUGUUUGAAGAGCAGCAAUGGAACAACGAAGCAUGAGACUCUGGCCUGAAGGGCUCAUGAGAAACUGUCCUGAAGUCCAUGUAAGGGGCAGAACAUCGUAGCAAGCCUAGACUUGCUUGGUGCAGUGCUACUUAGGAGAACUAGCUCAGUAGCAUACUGCCUGUAGGGUGCCUGGGGUUGUUAGAAACCUCUGCUGUCCUGGAGACAGCCCCCCUCCCUCAUCCAGGCUGGGGAGGGGGAUUUGUUCUCACUGGCGGAUUGAGAAGGGUUUUAAUGUAUGACACUUCACUGGGCUUCAGUCAUCCUGCAGAGUAAAGGAGACUGUCCAGAUCUUCUAACACUGUGGUAAAUCAGAAACAGGCUAAUGAUGCCAUGUGAGUAUGUAUGGACCCCAAUAUUUUAUAUAGCAUUUUGAUUCUUUGCUGUCUCCUUUGAUUUUAGGAGUAGAUUUUUCCAAACUCUGGUUGCUCUUCCUUUACCUAGAGGCAUAGGGUGUCUGUGCUGUUACAGAUGUUACAGCCAUCUUAGAACUGAGCCACCUUUUCUCUCCCUUGUUGUAUCAAGCUGCUUUUAUUAUUUCCUUCUAACUGUUGUCUUCCCCCUGUGUCUUCCCAUUACACCUGGAGUGUUGCUGUCUUUAUGGUGCCUUCAGAAAACAGGCAAGUUGUCCUGUUGAGUCUUGAUAUUACUUCAGCCUUGUGGCCAUACAUGCCUGUGCGAGGACCAGAUGUGAUGCCCUGCAUCAUGUUUUUGAGUCUUAGCUUAUUGGAGCAAAUCUGCUUUUAUAUCUGUGAGUUGCAGGAAAAGUCUUGAUUGACAUUUCUUCUUUCUAAACAACUGUGUCCCCCUGCUGCAGCCACUUCUGUGCUUUUUUACUCUGAGGUCACCUGCUUAAAGUAGGCAGCAGCUUACUGAUUAGAAGUACUGAGAGAACUGCCAUGGAGAAGGUUGGGUUGUUUUUUUCCUUAUUCCUAAUAUGAGACUAAAAGCUGGUAGGGAGGCCAAGGCACAUUGCCUGAGCAUCUUGAACGAGGUGGUUUUGGAACCUCUUCCUUAUUUAUUUGUUUGCAUUUGGUCUUGUUAUAUCAUCUUUGGCAGUCUGUUGGAUUGUUAACACAUUCAGUUAUCUUAAACCACGUUUAAAACAAAGUUGCAGAAAAUAGCUCAGAAUUUUAAAGCAUCAAGAAAUAGCUUAUAAAAAUUAAUACUAUGAAUUGACAGGGAUCUAUAAAUCUACUUUAUGGGGCUGUUGUGUGUUUUGCUCAUUGAGAGCCUCUCCUUUAUUAAUAAUUUAAUGGCAGACAGUCCUUUAGCUUCAGUUUCAGUUAGAGCAGAUCCGGCUGUGCCUUUGGAUGCAUGAGCAGAGCAAAUACAUUGUGUUAAGAAGCUAAACAAACAGGAAAAAAAAUUCUUAACUCAUUUGAGUCCUAAGGGAGAGCUUGAAAACCUGUGUCCCUCUCGUGCAUUCAGAAGACACGUGUACCUGUUUGAGUAUCUUAUGGCAGCUCUGUGUUAAUGGUCGUCUUUAAUUAUAUUUGACACUUUAUCUAUUAAAGCACUUUGAUAAUUCUAAUCUUUAACUAGCUUUAGUGAUUUUUUUAUUUUUAUUAUUAGACUAAAUUUUUCCUUGAAUGUGACCUGAAGAACAAGGUCUGUGAAACUUUGUACGUUCCAGUCUGUGUCAGUGUGCAGGUUAAAGUUCUUGCGUUGCAUUUCCUGGACAGCACUGUUCACUUCCCUGGUUUCCUUUGGAGAGAACUGGAAUUAGAAAGAAAUUACCUGGUUGUAAAAUAGCACUUUGUCAGUUAUUAAUCAUUUCAACUUAGCUUCCCACAUGCACAGAUCCACAACGAACUAAAUUGCACAUGCUCUGUGCCUUUCCAAGUAAUUUUUUCAAAAUAUGUUUUGACAUACAGACAUUAUAAGGUAUAUGUGCAAAGCAACUGGAUGUCACUUUAGCAAAUUCUGUGAGAUUUGCUUGGGAAGGAGAGCCCAGAGAUUUUGAGAGAAACCAACUGCAGGCUGUUCAUUAAAUUUGGAUCAGCGAGUGCCUUGUGUUUUGUUCUUCGUCUCCUCUUUCAGAUGCUUCUUCCUGUCCCAAGUGAACAUUGUUGUGCCAGUGCUAAAGGGCAGAAAACUGCUUGCAGAGCCAUGGUUUUAAACUGGCUGCUAGUGUAACAGUGAUUUGAGGGAUUUAGGGCUUGGCUCUUCUGCCAGUGAAAGUGAACCACGCAAGCUGAGAUCUCAAGAUCUUUUGAGCUCAGGGCCAUAAGGUAUCACCUUCCUUUCUUCUCUUCAGCAGCAGCUGUCUUGAAGUCAUGCAUUUUUUCACCUCACAAAAUUAGACUUCUCCGCAGCUCCUGCUCACACAGUAGCACCUCUAUGUGACAGGCUCAGACCAGUGGUGGCUGAUUCUAAUUUAGCUUCAUUCUUAACUGCGUUUUCUUUCCUAAUGGAACAGGCAUCCUGUUUCUGCCCCAAUUCUAAUAGGGCUAAUAGGUGAAUCUUUUUUCACAGCUUCUUCACUGUAGCCAGGCCAAAACUUGACAGCUUAUGCAGUUGCUAUUUCUAUGCAUUUUUAGACUUCAUAAAAUGUCUCUUAAAAGUGUAUAUAUAUUCCCGAAUAAAGCUACCAAGUUUUCUUUUUGCUGCUGGGAUUUAAAGUGCAAUUCAAGUAAGUAAGAAUUUAAAACAAUCAAGGACUUGUAAGAAAAACAAGUGGUUGGUUGGGGUUUUUUUUCCCCUUGGAAGUGAGUUUUAGAAGACUAGGGAUGGAAGUUUGUACUGUAGUGCCUAACAUACUGAGCCCCCAGGAGUCAGUUUUUUUAGCAAUUGUUAUUCCCUAGACUGGAAAAGAUAAUGAGAGAAAAAAAAUAAACAAAUAGGUAAGACACAACUUGAAAAUACACUGAUGAAUGGAAGGGACUGGUUCCCUACCUUCUCAGAGGCCCUGAGAAGCAGACUGUUUUUGCCAGCAUUAUAGCUCUUUUUGUCAGUUUUAAAUAGUGGAUUAUAGUUCCUACAGAUGCUUCUCUGAGUGAAGUCAUCAGUCAGUGUUUUGGUAUCAAUCCCCUUGUUGCUACCGCAGCCCAGCAUGUCCGACUCUUGAAGCUGUUCUUAAGCUGAGCCACAAGUGCGUGAAGCAAAGUUGCUCCUUCCCUCUUCCCCACAGGGUCUGGGGCCCUGCCUGCAUUCAUCCUCUGCCCCACCAUCUUUCUGCCAAGGGGAGCUGCUGGUGCCUUUCUGAAUGCAGGUACUUGAUGUGAACAGUGGGGUCAUGUUAAAAAGAAGCAAAAUAUCAAUGUGACUGGAAGCAACUUACACAGUUGCCAGUUCUCCUCUGUUUCUCUUUCUUUAAGAAGAGGUGAGACUUGAGGAAGUGAGUAAUGAAUAUUUAAACAUACUCUGAAGUGGCCAGAUGCAGGGUUUUUUUAUGGGCUUCUGUCCUGGUCAUUUUAAGUCUUUGAAAUCUUGCAUUGAAUUAUAAUGGGAGUCAGGGGGGGGAGGGGGAAGGGAAGGGAGAACCAGCUCCCUUUUGUUCCUUACUCUUGUUGGCAAUAAUGAAUGGAAGGAAUUUAAUCCAAUGAAAGUAAUGAAACUUAAUCCCUGCAAUGUGUCUUUGUUAUGCAGUUCCAAGAAGUAUUUUAAUGCAUCUUAUUCACACCAUGCCCUCCCUCCCCAACUGAAGAUACUUCAAAUAGACUCCUUCAGAAUGCACACUAAUACAGCAGUAACUCUGUCUUGGAAACCUUUCUAUUGAUUAUUUAAUUUGCCUGCCUGACUAGAGGAUUGAUCUCUUAACUGACCUGAACAUUAAAUGUGGAAAGGGUUCCCAUCCAGCCCUCUUGUUGAAUUUUCAUCAUGAGCAUUUGUUUUAUGAAAUCUUAAAGUGCCUUAUGUUUUUAAAAGUGUAUUUUGCUAGAAAUAUAUGAAUGUAGAAUAUCUCUAACAGUAUUUCAUUAUGAGCUGUAAAACAAAUUGCAAACACUAAACAAAAAAAUGUUAUUUCUACA